ACCAGUUCUCCUGGCUGCUUUCAGUUUGCAGGCAUUUAACCAGCAGCUCAUCGCGUCCCGUCAGAGCUGCUGGGACUCUGAGAGGAGACAUCCGUCCACCGGGGAGGAGGACACGGCCGAGGAGGCAGCGUUGAUAGCUUUACUGGAGGGUGGAGUUUCCACCGCCUAUGUGGCCAUAAAUACAGCCAAGAAGUAAAAGGAAAGCAUGAGUUCUUCAGAAAGCCUGGUGCUGGGCGACCCUGGGGAAGGAGCCGUCAUUACAGGGACCACAGAUAGCACAACUGCUGCAAAAAGUGGUCUGAAAGAUGGGGACAAGAUCGUUGCAGCCACUAUAAACCUCGACAACCUCAACAGAAAUGAAGUUCUGAAAAUCCUGGAGGUCCUGAAGCCAUAUGAGAACAACAUGAAGGUUGUGACAAAGAAGGAUAAACUCCUAGAGAAGGAUUUGUCGCUGGGUGCAUCAGCUGAGGCACCAAAAAUCUCCCUUGACGGCCCGAAUGGGAAGAUACAUUUUGCACAUGGAAAUGGGGGAGAAAUAGGCAGUCCCAUUCUCAAUGGAGACCUUCCAAAAAAGGCCCCAAAAUUCACAAUGCCACACUUUGCUCUGCCUCAGAUUGAAACACCAAAAGCCGAGCUGGAUGUGUCUGAAAACGUAGAAAUCCCUUCUGUCAGCGGGAAUGUGAAGACACCUGACUUCAAUAUGUCUGCCCCAAAGCUCCAUGUUGCAAGUCCAGAUCUGGACCUGAAAGAGCCAAAAGGGAGUAUGAAAGGUCCUGAUGUAAACUUAGAAACCCCAAAUGCUGAUAUUAAAACACCUUCAGAAAAAAUCAACUGGCCCCAUUUAAAAUGGAAAAGUGGUAAAGGUAAAAAUGCUGACCUGUCAGCACCUGAUCUCGGUAUCUCCACACCAAAGAUUGGUGCGGACCUAAAUGCAACAGAUGUUGACAUCCAAGGCCCUGAUGUAGACGUUCAAACCCCUGGUCUUGAUGUGGAUGCCUCAUCUGGUAAGAUCAACUGGCCUCAUUUGAAGUGGAAGAAACCAAAAUUUCAUGGCUCCAAACCUGAUCUGGACUUAGAUGCAAAUGUUAACACACCAGAUAUGGAGCUCACUGCUCCAAAAGUCAAGGGUGAUCUAAAUGUCCCUGACAUUGACAUUAACUCUCCAAACAUUGAUGUGGAAGCUCCCUCUGGCAAAAUCAACUGGCCUCAUUUGAAAUGGAAGAAGCCUAAACUUAAAGGUCCAAAUGCAGACUUAGAUCUAGAUGCUGAGCUGAAUCUUCCAGAAGCUGGCCUUGAUGGUCCUGAUUUAGACAUUAAUGGCCCAGAUCUUGACGCUGAUGCCCCUUCAGGAAAAAUAAACUGGCCUCAUCUGAAAUGGAAAAAAACAAAAGUUCAUGGCCCAAAAGCUGAAAUUGAUGGUGAGCUGGAUUUACCCAAAGCUGAUAUUAAUGCUCCAACUCUGAAUGUAGACACUGAUACCCCAUCUGCUCAGUUCAAAUUGCCCACUUUUAAAAAGCCAAAAUGGUCUCUCUCACAACCAAAGGUUAAUGGUCCAGAUGUUGAUUUAGAUGCCGGGGCUUUAACACCUGACUUGGAUCUCUUAGCUCCAAAGAUUGAUGGAGAGAUAAAAACAUCAGAUGUUGAUCUCAGCCUGCCAGAAACAGAACUGGAUGCCCCCAAAUUAGAUACCGAUGUUCCAAAUGUGAAUAUUGAUGGUCCCUCUGCAAAACCGAAAUGGUUCACCUUAAAGAAACCCAAACUUCCACUAAAAGGACCGAAGGCUAACAUUGAUACUGAUGUGAAAGUACCAGAUGUGGACUUUAAAGGGCCAGAUGUGGAUGUGGGUGCACCAGAUGUUAAUCUUUCUGCACCAAAAAUCAGUGGUGGGUUUGAGAAGGACCUUGACAUCAGCAUGCCUGAUGUCAAAGGACCGAAUGUGAACCUUAACGGUCCAGAUCUUGAGAUUGAACCACUUGAUACUAAUCUGAAGUCACCUAAAUUUAAACUACCACAACUUAAAGGGCCAAAAGUCAAGGGUUCUAACUUGGAUGUUGAUCUUAGUGCUUCAGACAUUGAUGCCAGUCUUGACUUACCUAAAGUUGAUUUGGGUGCACCCGGAGUAGACCUAAAAGCACCAGCUCUCUCCUUGGGCGCACCAGAAAUUGAUGGCAGUCUUGAUGCACCUGAUCUUGAUGUUAUUUCACCAAAAGCUGAUAUCAAAGGUCCUAGUGUAGACAUUGAAGCUCCAGAUGUUGAUGCAUCAGCUGGAAAAUUUAAGCUACCCAAAAUAAAAAUGCCAAAGUUUGGUUUCUCAGGGCCAAGAGUGAAAGAACCUAGUGUUGAUGUAGAUGCUGACCUCAAAACACCAGAUCUGUCCUGUCCAGAUGUAGAUGCAAGGCUGCCCAAAGCAGACCUAACAGUCCCUGAUGUUGAUCUAAAAGCUCCAGACAUUGAUGCCAGUCUUGACUUACCUAAAGUUGAUGUGGAUGCUCCUGGAGUAGACUUAAAAGCACCAGAUCUCUCUUUGGUUGCACCACAAAUUGACGGCAGUCUUGAUGCACCUGAUUUUGACACCAAUUUACCAAGGGCGUAUGUCAAAGGUCCUAGUGUAGACAUUGAAGCUCCAGAUGUUGAUGCAUCAGCUAAAAAAUUCAAGCUACCCAAAAUAAAAAUGCCAAAGUUUGGUUUCUCAGGACCAAGAGUGAAAGAACCUAGUGUUGAUGUAGAUGCUGACCUCAAAACACCAGAUCUGUCCUGUCCAGAUGUAGAUGCAAGGCUGCCCAAAGCAGACCUGACAGUCCCUGAUGUUGAUCUAAAAGCUCCAGACAUUGAUGCCAGUCUUGACUUACCUAAAGUUGAUGUGGAUGCUCCUGGAGUAGACUUAAAAGCACCAGAUCUCUCUUUGGUUGCACCACAAAUUGACGGCAGUCUUGAUGCACCUGAUUUUGACACCAAUUUACCAAGGGCGUAUGUCAAAGGUCCUAGUGUAGACAUUGAAGCUCCAGAUGUUGAUGCAUCAGCUAAAAAAUUCAAGCUACCCAAAAUAAAAAUGCCAAAGUUUGGUUUCUCAGGGCCAAGAGUGAAAGAACCUAGUGUUGAUGUAGAUGCUGACCUCAAAACACCAGAUCUGUCCUGUCCAGAUGUAGAUGCAAGGCUGCCCAAAGCAGACCUAACAGUCCCUGAUGUUGAUCUAAAAGCUCCAGACAUUGAUGCCAGUCUUGACUUACCUAAAGUUGAUGUGGAUGCUCCUGAAGUAGACUUAAAAGCACCAGAUCUCUCUUUGGCUGCACCACAAAUUGAUGGAAACCUUUCAGCUCCAAACAUAGAUGCCAAGUUUCCAAAAGCUGAACUGGGAGCAUCUGAUGUCACAGUGAUAUCUCCACACGUGGACAUCAACUUGCCCAAAGCUGACCUUGAAGGACCUGACGCACAGUUAAAGACACCAGAUCUAGAUUUAGAUCCCCACCUUGGUGAAUUAAAAAUGCCUCAUUUCAAACUCCCAAAGCUGGACCUUUCAGGUUCCGAUGUUGAAAUUCCCAGUGUUCAGACCUCUGGUGAGGCUAAAACGAAGACACCCAGGGUUGACAUCAAUACACCUACAGCAGAUGCCAACAUUUCAGUUCCUUCAGUAGAACUGAGUGCACCAACUGUAGAUAACAAUCUUGAGAAAUCCAAAUUGCCACAUUUGAAGUUUCCAAGAUUCAGCUUUUCAGGGUCUAAAACAAAAUCUCCAGAGAUAAAUACCAAUCCAAGUCUUGAAAUAGAUGAUAAUGUUGACUCUGAAACUGAUGUAUCAUUGGGCGAUAUGGAGGUCCCAACUUUUAAAACUCACAGACUGCCCGCAUACAGCAUUGACGGCAUUGGAGAGAUUGCUGAUGCAAUUGGUGUAUCAAAGCUUGACUCCGAGGAAAAAGAUUAUGUUGUCAGCAAAGGUAUCCGAUUGCCAAUAGUUAACGGAACAUCAAAGUCAGGAGACAAAAUUAACAUCAUGGAGAGAUUGAAAAUGGCAAAGGAAAAAGCAUCCUCAUCUAAUGUCUCACCAAGUGAAGGGAAAACUAACGUUGUUCUGAAGAAUGGCACCCCAAGUCUUGUUGACAGCGCCUCCAAAGACGCAGCAGAUUCCUCUCUGCUGAGAGGGGGCACUUUCAAAAUUGAAAAGCCAAAAUCUGUACUGGCCCUGGACACUCCUGGAAUGUCUACAUCAGAUGAAAAUGAAAAAUUGUCCCUUGGUCUCUCGAAUAUGCUUGGCCUAAACAUCAAGACUGACUGAUUCUGAUCAGGUUAAGCUGAGGAAUAAAAUCCAUAAAUACAAUAGCAGCAAUAGAUGUCUCUUAACCAGUUCCAUACCUUAUUUUGUAAUCAUAAAGAGGAAAGAAAAAGUCAGCGAUGAUGAAGAAAGCUGAGUUUUUGUUUUAAUCAAAUGUGUGUAUAUUUUACUAUUAUUUAUGAUAUAACUUUUUUCUAAACAUUGUUCGUUUGGAAGUAGUAUGCAUUAUUUGUCUUGACACAUUCUGUCAAAUCAAUGAAUUUGUAUGAGUACACAUAUUUGUAAAUUUUUGUUUAAUAAAUUACUCAAAUAGUGACACUAGUUUUGUUUAACAUUGAGAUGGAAAAUCAAAGAACCGGUUUUUAUAUCUAAGAUGACAAAACUUAUUAAACAAACUUU